GUGUCAAACAAAUGUCAAAACUUAGCUUGGUUUGAUUUGUUUCUUUUGGACGCUAUCAUAUUUGAAACUUAUUUUUACUAUUUCCAUUACAGAUAAUUGAUAAUACAACUUGAAAUUAGCUAGAAAUCAUCUAACUACUACUACACACUGCAUCUAAGUAGAAAAGACUGUUUAAAGUCUCCAGAGGAAGCAAAAGCGGGUGUAAAAUGCCGGUUCUUGAGUCAUGUUGGUCACCAUGCAUCUGGUCUUCGGACGUGAAGUCUGGCAGCAAGGCGGUGGCCAUGUACACCAUCGCGCUCAGCGUCGUGCUGAUCACCUUCAUCUCGUACCAGAUGGCUGGUGGAGACUCCACUCAGAUCUGGAACCCGCUGUUUGAAGCUGAUGUGAGAGUUUCUCUACAAGUUUUUGGAUCAAUCUUCAUUAUUAUUUUGUUACUUCUGGCAAUAUUCUCUGUCUUGAUGGUGAUAGGCCUUAACAUCUGGAUGAGAGGGUUCAUAUUGCCGUGGCUGAUGACAUUUGGACUCAUUAUUGUUUUCCAAUUGAUAUUUGGACUGUGGCUCAUUGGGGGCUAUUACAUUUACCUGGAGGCGACCUUCGCAGCAUUUCUGGACUUCCUGUGGAUGGCAUAUAACGUGUACUGCUGGCUUUGUGUCUUCUCGCAGUAUCAGAUCAUCCUCGAGAUGCAGUCACCGAAUAUUGAAAUAUUAAUCGAUUACUAACUUUACAAAAGGCACAAAUAGUUUAUAAGGUAUGUUAGUUUUUUUAUCUGUUUAAUGUAUGAUGAGUGCUGCUGAAGCACAAAUGAAUCGCUCGAUUGAUUUUCAAUACCCUAGCUAGGGAGUGUAUUAAAAUGCCACAAUAUAAUAGGACCCUAUUGUAUAGUAUAAUAAGUAUAUACUAAUAAAAGCGAUCCUAUUGUAUAGUAUAAUAAGUAUACAUACUAAUAAUAGCGGCACUCUAUUUAAUCCUUGCCCACCAUUAUUGCAUUUGAGAUAUGACAUAACAUAACGUAUUACAGAAUUUGAACUCUGAUAGCUGAACACCGAUAUCGAUUAGAGAUUAUAAUUUCCAGCAUAAUUAAGUAGAAUAAUUAAGUUACGUUCAAAAAUAUCAAGCUUACAAAUACAGAUGUCACAGAUAAAAAGAGGUAUGCCAUAUUUCGAACACAGAUGGCAUUAGUGUCCUCUAAUAUUUUGACAUUUACCACCUUAAAAGCAGUAUGAACAAAGUUCCUGUUUUCAAUAUACUUAAUAAUGUGAAAAUUAAUAAAUUAAUUAAAAAAAUUAAAAAUUAAUAAAUUAAUCAAAUCAAAUACUUAUAAUAUAUGGACUGAUAUCUUUAAAGUUUAAUAGACUGAGAUAUCAUGAGUAAAAUCAAUUUUCCUCCAUUACUUACCCUUAAUAAAUACCUUUCACAUUAAUACGUAUUUAAAAGAAAAAGUCUACGUUGAAGAAUAAAGUGCCCUUACACAAAUGAGUUGACUCAUCUCCUCAUAAAGAUUUAUUUAAAUGUGUGUUUUUUUAUAUUUACGUAGCGUUCAAAAUUUACUCUGUAGGUAAAUUUAAUUUAUAUAAAUAAGUAAUACAUUAUACAAGCGCAAAUAUCAUUUGAAGGCUAUUUUAUGUACUAUUUUUAAGUAUACAUAACAGAAUAUGAAAUCCUGAAAUUAUGAAUCCGUCCAAAAUGCAUUUAUAAUAUUUUUGUACAAUAAAAUGAAUCUCAAUUUAAUGA